AUGACUGUCUACUCUUCCGAAGAGCUCAGGGUCCCAUUGUCAUCUCGUGCUCAGCAGGAUUUCCGCCGCUCUUUUGAUGGAAUGGCCACCUUUUCUAUUUCACCUGCUGUGGAUCCUUUCAUGGGGUCAGGUUACCCUCAGCUGUCCUCUGCCAACGUCGACUUUCAGCGCUUUGGCUUUGGUGACGGUAAACCUAGCACUUCUCGUGAGAGCCCUAUGCGCACAGUUAACUUCGCUGGCUUGCCUACUCCACACACAGAAUCUCGUCCCAGCAAGCUUCAUUCUUCGGAGAAUGACACUCUUGCCAGCCCCUUUUCUGGCUCUCGUGGCAAUUUCGGGCUCAAUUCCAGCCGAAUUGAAUCCCCUUGUUUCCCUCCAAAGGCUCGUGCCUUCGUCAUCGAGGGCGUUUCUCCUGCCAUAUCCCAUUUGACUGUAGCUGGUAUCUUUUCACGCCGGGACUUCGAAAGCGUCCAAGGUCCUUACCUCUGGGAGCUCAAGUCUUUGGGCAAGUUCAUUGUCGCAUUCACCGAUCUACGUGAUACUCAGCGAGCCCUUGACAAGGUUCAGCUCUCUCAUCCUGAGUGGCGGCCAACUCCUCUUCUAGCUCGCGAAUGCGCACAGGAGUCCCACGGUUUGAUUGGGGGUGUUUCUGAUUUUGAAGGCCAAAUUGCUAUCAGCGUUUUCAUUCAUGGCCACAACGAUAUGGAUGUGAACUCUCUUGUACAGGGCUUGGUCAAGGGCUUUGGUACGUUGGUUUCCUUCAAGAUUCCUUAUCUGCAGGCAGACAAUAUCAAGAAGUUCUUUGUCGAGUUUUGUGACACCACUGAUGCUACAAAUGCGGUGGCUGUUCUGAACGGUGCAAUCAUCGAGAAUCUUGAACUUGAAGCCAAGCACGUUCGUCCUGACUUCGAAUCUACCUCUAGCAACUUGCUCCAACAGUUCAUGAACACUCGUGGCAAAGUCUCUCCCAAGAAGAACCCCUCUUACCAGAUUGGUGGAUGUGCUCGUGAUCACAGCUACGUCUUGAGCCCAACUGGUCGUUCUAUCGUACCCGCGGAUGACAUCUCAGACAUCAUGGGCAUUCUUUCACCUGUUCAGAAGAUUUCCAGUCUUGACUCCUUGCCUCAGCAUUCUGACGGCCGCCUUUCCGACCAGCGUCCCAAGCAUCCCCAGAAUCUCGUCGAUGUGAACCGCAUUCGCAAGGGUCUUGACGUCCGCACUACAAUCAUGCUCCGCAACAUUCCAAACAAGGUGGACUUGUCUCUUCUAAAGGCUAUUGUCGAUGAGACCAGCUUUGGAAAAUAUGACUUCAUGUACUUGCGAAUCGAUUUCGCCAACAACUGCAAUGUUGGUUACGCCUUCAUCAACUUCGAAGAUCCUCUUGACAUCAUUGACUUCGUCGAAGCUCGAGCUGGUCAUACCUGGAACUGCUUCAACAGCGACAAGGUUGCCGAGGUAUCCUAUGCUACUAUCCAGGGACGUGACUGCUUGAUCCAGAAGUUCCGCAACAGUUCUGUCAUGCUCGAGGAUCCUUCCUUCCGCCCAAAGUUGUUCUACACUGGCACCGGCCCUCUUGCUGGAACUGAGGAGACCUUCCCUGGACCAAACAACAUGUCUAAGAUGCGUCGUAGCGUCGAGAAUGCGGAACAAGUCGGUCUCUUCGCUCCCCGCGUGAGCCGCGAAGGUCGCCGUGGACACACUAUUCGUGCCGAUUUGCCUACCCCUCUUCGUCACCGCGCCAGCCCUCCUCAUCGUCAGGGUCUUUCCGGAAUGUCUCCUAUGACUUCCCCCCUUGCUCUUCGCCGCGGUAUUUAA